GGUUUCCGCUAUAAAAUGCCAGCUUUCCUGCCUCCCCAUUAUUAAAAUCGGAACGCUCGAGAACGGAGGAAAAAGCUCAGAGACAUUCCCAUCAUCCCUUGUCGUGCCAUCGUCCCGCGACCUCUCGUCCACAUAACCUCCCAGGUCGCUUGGCACCGUUUGCUGUUAGCUCUUAAACGUAGGGAUGGCUGAUGGUCAUGAGACUGACAAGAACAUUGAGAUAUGGAAGAUCAAGAAAUUGAUCAAGGCUUUGGAAGCUGCAAGAGGCAAUGGCACAAGCAUGAUUUCUCUGAUCAUGCCUCCUCGUGAUCAAAUCUCUCGAGUUACCAAAAUGCUUGGUGACGAGUUUGGUACUGCAUCGAACAUCAAGAGCAGGGUGAAUCGACAAUCUGUGCUCGGCGCAAUCACGUCUGCUCAGCAGAGGCUCAAGCUUUACAGCAAGGUUCCUUCUAAUGGGCUUGUGCUAUACACUGGCACAAUUGUUACUGAAGAUGGAAAGGAGAAGAAGGUGACAAUUGAUUUUGAGCCUUUCAGGCCCAUCAAUGCGUCUCUGUACCUGUGUGACAACAAGUUCCAUACUGAAGCUCUGAAUGAACUCUUAGAAUCCGAUGAUAAGUUUGGUUUCAUUGUUAUGGAUGGUAAUGGGACUCUCUUUGGGACUCUGAGUGGUAAUACGAGGGAGGUGCUUCACAAAUUCAGUGUGGACCUGCCGAAGAAGCAUGGAAGAGGUGGGCAGUCAGCUCUUCGUUUUGCUCGUCUUCGAAUGGAGAAGCGCCACAACUAUGUGAGGAAGACGGCUGAGCUAGCCACGCAGUUUUUCAUUAAUCCAUCAACUAGCCAGCCCAAUGUUUCAGGGCUUAUCCUAGCUGGAUCAGCAGACUUCAAAACUGAGUUGAGUCAAUCUGACAUGUUUGAUCCUCGUCUUCAGGCCAAGAUACUGAAUGUGGUUGAUGUUUCUUACGGUGGUGAGAAUGGUUUCAACCAGGCCAUCGAGUUGUCUUCAGAGAUAUUGGCCAACGUGAAGUUCAUUCAGGAAAAGCGCUUGAUUGGUAAAUACUUUGAGGAGAUAAGCCAGGAUACUGGAAAAUAUGUUUUCGGUGUGGAUGACACGCUGAAAGUUCUGGAGAUGGGUGCUGUUGAAAUUCUCAUUGUGUGGGAGAACCUGGAUAUCAAUAGGUUCACAACGAAGAACAACACUACUGGUGAGAUUAUCAUCAAGCACUUGAACAAAGACCAAGAGCUUGACCAGAACAACUUCAGGGAUCCUGCCACCGCAGCUGAGCUUGAGGUUCAGGAGAAAUUGUCGCUUCUGGAGUGGUUUGCUAAUGAAUAUAAGCGAUUUGGUUGCACGCUUGAGUUUGUCACAAACAAGUCUCAAGAGGGAUCCCAGUUCUGUAGAGGUUUUGGUGGGAUUGGAGGGAUCCUCCGUUACCAGAUUGAUAUCCGCUCGUUUGAUGAGUUCUCUGAUGAGGGUGAAUUUUAUGAUGACUCUGAAUAGCAAUCAAUAAACUCUCCCCCACGGCUGGUGCAGGAGGAUGGGGCGAAAUGCCUGCACCAGUGCGCGAGCUCUCGCGCUAUAUGCUACUGCUUUGGCGCUGCACGAAAGAAGAUUUAUGCGAACCCUAGCCAAGGUUCCCUGUCCCUUCCCUUGAUUUUUAACUGGACCUCCCACUGUCCUCUGUUUGUGGGGGCAUAUUGCUCGGAGAGUGCUUGAAAAUUGCGAUGGAUCAAAUCUGCUGCCUCCUAUCGAAAGGAGAAGCAUACACUAUACUGGAUUAAGCUCAAGUCUGGACUGUAAGGGACUGCCUUUGCUGAUUCGGAUGCUGCUGGUUGGGUGGACUUUGUAUGGUCUGUUUAUUUCUCUACUUCUGUUUCGCUACAAGCUACUAGCUGUUCUAUCAACCAGUAUGAACUUAAAAGAGUGGUCCCACUCGAUAUAAUAACUAGUUGCUGCUACUGUGGUGGUGUUCUGGUCAUGUGACGUGAUGGAUUGUAAUGUUAUGUAGCUACUAUUAUUGGAGUGGUGGAUGUUCAUGUCAUGUUGCUACUAUUACUAGUGUGUUCCUAGUGUGUUUGCAUUUGGGUUGAAUAUAUGUUGUUGGUAUAUAUGCUUGAUAGUUUGAUUGUGGGGUUUGCA